AGUUCUGCAGAGGACCAAGGCUUUUCCAGAAGCCAUGGAUGGUGCACUGUGAAUGUUUGUUAAAGGAACGGUUUGUUUAAGUCCAGCCCCAGUUAUAAAUUUACAGGAACUUAACUUUGUGCCAUGUAAACAGCAGCAGCUACAAGAUGGCUAAGAGAUCACCUGCUACAUGGCUCUAUCAAAUCUAAAAGAGGUGUAAGAGAGCUGGAUUUUAUGAGGAGGUUUAGUGAGUGUCAUGUGAAGAAACGGAGGGUUUCUGAAUCCUGCUGUCUGGGUCACCCCAGAAGGUGAAGAUGAAUGCUUCGGUAGAAGAAGAGGACAGCUGCAUGCUCUGAAUUUUCUGGCAUGGAUCUGUAUGAGGAUUACAAAUCUCCCUUCGAUUUCAAUGCUGGAGUGAACAGAAACUAUCUUUACCUGUCGCCUAGCAUAAACCUUUCUCCACCUGGAUCACCGACACUGGCAAAGUCUGGGCUGCUGAGAAGUGACUCUAUACCUGAGGUUGGAGAGGAUGCUGCUGCUACAGUUGGUAUGGCAGAAACACUCUCAGAAGAAGAACAGGAUGAGCUAAGAAAAGAGCUUGCUAAGGUGGAAGAGGAAAUCCAGACGCUCUCACAAGUGCUAGCUGCAAAAGAGAAGCAUCUAGCAGAAAUCAAGAGAAAGCUGGGAAUUAACUCAUUACAGGAACUAAGGCAGAACAUUACCAAAAGCUGGCAAGAUGUUACAUCAACCACAGCAUACAAGAAAACAUCAGAAACCCUCUCUCAGGCUGGUCAGAAGGCUUCUGCUGCAUUUUCAUCUGUUGGUUCAGUCAUAACCAAGAAGUUUGAAGACGUCAGACUACAGGCAUUUUCACAUUCCUUUAGUAUACGCUCCAUACAACAUUCAAUUAGCAUGCCUAUUAUGAGAAAUUCCCCUACUUUCAAAUCCUUUGAGGAAAAAGUUGAAAGCUUAAAGUCUAAAGUUGGAGGAAGCAAACCCGCCGGGGGAGACUUUGGAGACGUUCUCAACUCUGCUGCCAAUGCCAGUGCCACAGAAACUAUCGCAGAACAGACACAGGAGGAGACCCACUGAGAUUCCUGCCUCUGUCCUGCUACCCACUGCCAGAUGCUGCAAGCAAAAACUAAGCACACUUGUAACAUUCUUUGCGCUCUUUCCACCAGAUGUGCUUUUAUUUAGCACGUAGCUAUUUUACCAGAUUAACUGAUACCAAGCUUGUUCGUGGGUUCAAAAUAUUUUUGAAACUAAAAUACAUUGUUUGGGGUUUUGUGUGGGAAGGGGAAUUUUUAUGCCUUUCAAGCAUUUAAAGGACUUAUGUGUAAUUUGAAGGCAACCUUUAAAAUAUAGCAAUGAAAAAACUCUUUUGAGAAGUUAAUUAUAAUGUACAUAUACUGUGGAUACAUAAUUUCUUUUGAAUCUGUAACUACUGCUCAACUUAAUCAUUAUGAAUCUACUGCUGCUGCCAAACUGAAGCUUCUUACUUCACUCCCUUGUGAUUAUUUCAGUUAAGUGUUGCCUGCAUGGGACACCAGACUAUGAGGAUCACUCCCGGCUAAAGAAAGGAAUUCUCCUUCAGCAGGCUUUAAACAAGUUAUUCGUAGCGGGAUUACACAUGGGUAGGAACGUGCUGUCUUACGAGUGUGUUCCUCAUACAACAGAUGCGGAUAGGGUAAUACGUAACAUCUA